UCCACCACACCACAAUGCAAAUGGAGACUCUUCCUCUCAUCUUCACCCUAACAGCAUUGCUCUCAGCCUACUUCCUUUGGUUCCAGUUCCUCGCCAAAACCCUAACCGGCCCAAAACCAUGGCCCUUGGUGGGGAGCCUCCCGGCCCUCAUCAACAACCGCCACCGCGUCCACGACUGGAUAGCCGGAAACCUCGGUGCCGCGGGUGCCUCCGCCACCUACCAAACAUGCAUCAUCCCCUUCCCCUUCCUUGCUCGCAAGCAAGGGUUCUACACCGUCACGUGCCACCCCAAGAACCUCGAGCACAUCCUCCGGGCCCGGUUCGACAACUACCCGAAAGGGCCCAAGUGGCAGGAGGCUUUCCACGAGCUGUUGGGCGAGGGCAUCUUCAACAGCGAUGGGGACACGUGGCUCAUGCAGCGCAAAACCGCGGCCCUUGAGUUCACUACACGGACUUUGAAACAGGGCAUGUCUCGUUGGGUUAACAGGUCCAUUAAGAACCGUUUGUGGUGUAUAAUGGAUAAAGCCACCAAAGAUCAUGUCUCCGUGGAUUUGCAAGACCUUCUUCUGCGCUUGACGUUUGAUAACAUUUGUGGACUUACUUUCGGGAAAGAUCCUGAAACGCUUUCUCCUCAGCUUCCCGAAAACCCUUUCGCUGUUGCUUUUGACACUGCCACUGAAGCCACCAUGCACAGGUUACUUUAUCCAGGUAUGGUGUGGAGGUUCCAGAAGCUUCUCAGCAUUGGAUUCGAAAAGAGGCUGAAGGAGAGUCUCCGAAUCGUGGAAGCUUACAUGAACGACGCCGUUGCAGACCGCAAGGAAACUCCCUCUGACGACUUGCUCUCUCGCUUCAUGAAGAAGUGCGACGCCGCCGGAAAUCCCUUCUCCGCCGCAGCACUCCAGCGCAUCAUCCUCAACUUCGUCCUCGCCGGCAGGGACACCUCAUCGGUCGCUCUCACCUGGUUCUUCUGGCUCCUCAUCAACCACCCACGCGUAGAGAAAAAAAUACUCAACGAAAUCGCCACCGUCCUCACCGACACGCGCGGCAGAGACAGACGCCGGUGGACAGAGGACCCCCUCGACUUCGCCGAAGCGGACCGGCUCAUGUACCUGAAAGCUGCGCUGGCCGAAACGCUGCGUUUGUACCCGUCGGUUCCGCAGGACUUCAAGCAGGCCGUCGCCGACGACGUGUUGCCGGAUGGAACGGUGGUGCCGGCGGGAUCAACGGUGACAUACUCGAUAUACUCUGCAGGGAGGGUGGAGACAGUGUGGGGAAAGGAUUGCUUGGAGUUUAAACCGGAGAGGUGGCUUUCGGUUCGCGGUGACCGGUUCGAACCGCCGAAAGAUGGGUUCAUGUUCGUGGCGUUUAAUGCGGGACCGAGAACUUGUUUGGGCAAGGACUUGGCUUACUUGCAAAUGAAAUCAGUGGCUGCUGCUGUGUUGCUGCGUUACCGGCUAUCGCUGGUUCCCGGUCACCGAGUGGAGCAGAAGAUGUCUCUUACUUUGUUCAUGAAGAAUGGACUGAAGGUGUUCUUGCAUCCACGUGAACUUCGAUGUGAGACAGGGAAUGCCACGUCACUGUAAAGUGAGGGUGCUUUAUGAUGCAGAAAUGCAUGCAAAUUGCAGUGUGUGUUUUUUUUGUAUUUAUGUUCCUUUUAUAUUUCAAUGUGAGUGCUGCUACAAGUGUAGUUUGUGCAUUGUUUUUUUUUUCCUUCCAAAAAUAGAAAAAAUAAAAAAGUUCUUAUUGUGUUGAAAAUUUUAUUUUUAUUUUAUGGAAGAAAUUAGAUUAAUAAUAAGAG